ACUCCAGCCCAGACCCCAACCCUCUUUCCGCCAGAGCCGCGUUUGACGUUUCCUUCCCACUAUCCUUCAAAAAAAAAAAAAAAAUCUAUUUGAGAGUUUGAUCUACCAAUCAAUCGACCAAGUGUCUGCCUUCCUUCCUUCCUUCCUUCCAUCUCCGAAAGACAACUUUUAAAAGGGUUUUAAGUUAAUUGAACCUUUUUUGUCUCGCCCAAACAAUGCCUGGUGAUAUAAUUUCCCAGUCCAUUUCCAUGUGGUCACUACUCACAGCUCCACCACUUCCUAACCCCCAAUUCCAUCGCUAGGGUUUUCCAAAUUUUUGUUUGAAUUUUUUUUUUGGUUCAUAUCAAAGAAAAUAUAUAAGAAAAACAAAAAUCCUUCACAGAAAAGAUGUAUUAUAUAUUUUUUUAAUUUAUGAUUUAUUUUUCGAUUUUUUUAUGGAAAAUUGUCAACAAGAAGAAUUGGCCACGCCUCUGUAUAAGCCUUGUUUACAAAACAACGGCAGAGGUUGCGGUGAUGUUGGUAAUAAUAGUGGUAGUUUGAAUCGUGAUUCUUUACAAGGAGUGGAGUUCGUGACCGUCGAUCAAUGCCAGAAGAUUCCGGAGAUGGACGAUUCACAGCUCGUUGGAAACGCUGACGUGGCGGUUAGAGGAGAUGGUGGUGCUACGGUGGAGACCGGAGCGGGGGAUGGAGUCAAAGUUGUUGAGAUGAGCGCGGGGAAGCGCAGGCGGGGAAGGCCGCAGAGGAAUCAGCCGAGAAUCAUGUCGUCACCGGCGCCACCGCCUCAAAGGAAGAAUAAGGAUGAAGAAGACGUUUGCUUCAUAUGCUUCGAUGGCGGGAGUCUCGUGCUUUGUGAUCGCUGGGGCUGUCCUAAGGCAUACCAUCCAGCCUGUAUCAAGAGGGACGAGGCAUUCUUUAAAUCAAAGGCGAAAUGGAAUUGUGGGUGGCAUAUAUGUAGCACUUGUCAGAAGGCUUCAUAUUAUAUGUGCUAUACUUGUACAUAUUCCUUGUGCAAGAAUUGCACAAAAGAUGCUGAUUAUGUGAAUGUCAGAGGAAAUAAAGGAUUUUGUGGAAUGUGCAUGAGAACUAUAAUGCUGAUUGAAAACAUCGCAUUAGAAAAUAAGGAAAUGGUUCAAGUGGAUUUUGAUGACAAAACUAGUUGGGAGUAUCUCUUCAAGGUGUAUUGGAUUUUCUUGAAGGAGAAGCUAUCUUUAAGUUUAGAUGAGCUUACUAAAGCUAAAAAUCCCUGGAAAGAAAUUGUUAUCAUGGGUCCUAAGGGAGAGUCAUCUGAUGAACUUAAUAAUGGUAGUAAUGCUAGAAGUGGUAAUGUGGAAAAGUUGUUUGGAGACCAAGGACCAAGUUAUUCCAAGAGAAGAAAAACGAUGAAGCAGCAGAGGUUUUUGAACAAAGUUGAAUCUCUAGAAGCUGAAAAAUCGGGUGUUAUGAAAGGGAUGCCUUUGGCUGAAGGCACGAAUUGGGCAACAAAGGAGCUUCUUGAAUUUGUGGCACACAUGAAAAAUGGUGAUAUAUCUGUGAUAUCUCGUUUUGAUGUUCAGGUGCUUUUGCUUGAAUACAUAACUAGAAGCAAUCUUCGUGAUCCUCACCAGAAAUCUCGCAUUGUCUGUGAUUCAAGGCUUAUAAAAUUGUUUGGAAAAGCAAGGGUGGGCAAAUGUGAAAUGUUAAAGCUUCUUGAAUCACACUUUCUCAUCCAAGACCAUUCGAGGGCCAUUGAUACCAUUAGAAGUGGAGGUACCAAAGCUAUUGCUACCCAAUUGGCUGUCAAUGGGCACAAUGAUAGUCAACCCAUAAUUGCCAAUGAUAAGAGACGUAGAACACGUAAAAAGGUUGAUGAUAAAGGAAAAAAGGCAAAUCCAAAUGAAUUUGCUGUGGUUGAUGUUCAUAAUAUGAACUUGAUCUACUUAAAGCGUAAAUUGUUGGAGAACUUAAUUGAUGAUGCUGACAAAUUUAAUGACAAGGUUGUUGGUUGCUUUGUAAGGAUAAGAAUUCCUGGUAGUGAUCAGAAGCAAGAUAUGUAUAGACUUGUCCAAGUAGUAGGUACCAGCAAGGUGGCUGAACCAUAUAAAAUUGGUGAAAGGACAAUUGAUGUCAUGCUCGAGAUAUUAAAUUUAGACAAGAAAGAGGUUGUAUUGAUUGAUGGAAUUUCAAAUCAGGAAUUUUCUGAGGAUGAGUGCCAACAACUACGCCAGAGUAUAAAAUGUGGGCAGAUCAAAUGGUUUACAGUGGGUGAGAUUCAGGAGAAAGCAAUGGCACUUCAAGCAGCGAGGGUAAAUGAUUGGCUGGGGUCAGAGAUUUUGCGAGUUAAUAAUCUUUGUGAUCGUGCAAGUGAGAAGGGGCAUACAAAAGAGCUUAGAGAAUGUGUAGAAAAAUUGCAGCUUCUGAACUCACCUGAUGGGCGCCACUAUAGGCUGCAUGAAAUUCCUGAUGUACACAGUGAACCAAAUAUGAAUCUAUAUCUAUAUCGCAAGUGUGAGGAAGUUGGUGGAGAAUUGGAUGAGAAGAAAAAAGAGAACAACAUGAAACCAAGCAAUUCUGGUUUUGGUAUCAAGGAAAAGGAGCCUUCCUCUCCACUGAAUGGAGGUGAUUUCUUGAGUGAUAUAGGAAGCAGAGAAACUAGCAUACCACCACAUUCUACAGGAAUGGAGCUAUCAGUAAAUAAUAUUAAGACAGAUAAAAUAUGGCACUAUCAAGACCCACUUGGGAAAACUCAAGGGCCAUUUACUAUGGCAAUGUUACGUGUAUGGAGCAUGAGUGGUCUUUUCCCUCUGGAUUUGAGAAUAUGGAGAGUAAGUGAAAAGCAAGAUAACUCCAUUCUCUUAACUGAUGCGUUGGAUGGGCUGUACAGCCAAGUGCAACAGUUGUUUCAUAACAGCUGCAUACCGACUGAGGAUGUAAGGAUUGCCUCUGUUGGUGAUGUUAGGAGUAGGGAUCUGAAUGUUAAUCAGAUGGAAAGUAAACAGGUUGAGGGGAGCUUGAAGUCAAUGCAGAAUGAUACAAGUGGUCAGUGUUGUGGUAACAAUGAAUCUGUGAAGAGCAAAGAAUUGGGCUCUCAAUCUUCUUCUACUGCCUCUGUAGAUAUUGUCAAUUGCAAUGCAGGUCAGAUGGGAAGUCCUUUACCACACUGGGACUCUGUGAAGGGUGAUAAUUACUUCCAUGGCCGCCCCCAAGUGAGUAGUUCACUUCCCUCGUCUACAUUAUCUGGGAAACAUUGUGAAACUCACUCUAAUCAAGUUAGCAAAGGUCAUGGGGUUGAAAGAUGGGACUGUGGUUCGAUUGACAUGAAUGAAACUUUGAACAAGACCUCUGAAGGUCAAAUUAUUGCUGGAAAUAUGAAGCAAUAUGAUAGUGAGGGAAAAUUAGGAAAAUCUUGUGGGCAAAGUUGGAGAUCUCCACCUUUAAAUGAUGCUUCAAAUGGAUGGGAUUCAAAUUCUGCUCUUAUUUCACUGGCUAGGGCUCUUGAAGCAUCGGAGCACAAUCAGGAUAUUGAUUUCCCAGAUCUUCCUACCUCAACAUCAAAGUUGAACCACGAAGACUCAAAAGGUCAGGCUAAAAGCAAACAGUCUCUUUCUUCAAAUUUUCCUCAUCAGGAUUCAGGUCCUAGCUGGAGUUCUGCUUCUAGUCUAGUGGGUAAUGGAUCACAGCUUCCUGAAGUAGCUGGUGAAUGGGGUCGUUAUUCUUCCACUCCAGCAAAACCCUUUGUGAAGGAAUGGAACUCAGAUUUUGUGCCUGAGUCUUCUUUGAAACCAACUGACUUGGGAAGUGAUCAUGCCGCUACUCCAACUUCAGGAAGUGGCCAAUUGACGCAUUCUUCUCCCACAGAUCCUGCAAAUAAUGCAUCUGCUUGGGAUGCAAUUGUUCGCGAACCCAAUGAAUAUUCUUUGGGUGAUGAAUCAGUUUCCGAUCUCUUGGCUGAAGUGGAAGCGAUGGAGUCACUUAAUGGCUUAGCUACACCUACAUCUAUUUUGCAUUGUGAUGGAGAGUUGGCUCAAGGUUCUGAAGCUGAUUGUUUUAGUCCUGUAGGAGGACUGAGCCCUGCACCUGAUCCAGGAAAAGGCGAUGCUUUGAGCUCCACAAAUGAUCUACACAUGCCUUCUCAGUCAACUGUGUCAGUGACCAAUUAUCCAUUUCGGGUCUCUCAGUCUGAAGUUCAUGAUUUUCAUAAGAGUUCUAGUGGGCAUUCUUCCACAAGUGUCGAAAUGGAUGAAGAUACAAGGCCCAGCGAUGUCUCAGUUAAUCAAUACGAAUCUGUUUCAGACAUGCAGCCUCCGGCACCACCAGUAACAACUUGGGGCAUGGCUACUGCAGAUACCGCUUGGAGAGCAGGGCCAGAAACUACGGGAACCAAUUGGGGAGCAUUUCAAGGAAAUGCAAAUUUUAAUUGGGGAGGUUUAGGACAAGGAACUACUAAUAUUAGUUGGGAAACAGGUCAGGGAACAUUCCAGGAAAAUGGCAGCAUCAGUUCAGGCACUUAUGCUGGGAAUCCGCCCUAUUGAGGAAGCCAAAAAAGGUAUGUUGGUCAAAGGGAUCGUGAUAUUCAGGGCAGAGAUUCAAGUUUUGUUAGGGGCAGGUCAUUUUGGAAUAGGCGGUUGUCGUCACCGUUCGGUGGUCAAAACAGAGUAGGUUCUUCCACAGCUCCGCCCAAAGGGCAGCGGGUUUGUAAAUUUUAUGAAAGCGGGUAUUGCAAGAAGGGAGCAUCGUGUAGUUAUUGGCACCCUUGAUUAGGAGAUUACUACCACAGCAAUUGUGUGUAUUUAAUUCUGUAUUCAUUAUUCCAAAUAGUAAUUUGCUAUGUAAUUCUCCCCAUUUAACCAGUAACAGUAUCAUACAAGCUGGGCAUAAUACAUAUAUAUUAAUUUUCUUCUCUGGGACCCGUUGCAGAGUAACUGCUGCUGCUGCGUCCUUCAGUG